AUGGAUGUUUCUGGAUAUGCCCUGAUCACCGGGGGAGCGUCUGGGAUCGGCAAAGCCUGCGCUAAAGCCUUUGCCCUCGAAGGUUGUGCAGGCAUUGCCCUCCUGGAUGUUGACACGGAAGCUCUGGGUGAAGCCAAAAUGGAGGUUGAGGGUUGUUUGGAGCCAGGUGCCCGUCGCGAACAAUGUCCUAUCCUGAUCCACAAUGUCGACGUCUCCGAUGAGACACAGGUUAACAAAAUCGUUGAGGAGGUCGCUCAAACGUUUGGCCGAAUAGAUUAUGUUGUGAAUGCAGCCGGCAUCGCGUUGAAACACGUCGGCGGUACCGCUUUUGCAAAAACUGUCGAUUGGAGUCGUACUGUCAAUAUCAACCUUACCGGGACAUUCUUUGUCCUCAGGGCAGCGGCAAAUGUCAUGCUGCGUCAACGACCUAUCAUGUCCGACAUAGAUGGAAGGCCGCUCCAGCGGGGGUCGAUCAUUAAUUUUGCCUCCAUCCAAGGUGUUGUCGGUAUAGAAUUGUCGGCAGCAUACACGGCGACAAAGCAUGCCGUCAUCGGGCUUACGCGGACGGCAUCGUUGGACUUCGCCGAAGAAGGGCUUCGAGUCAAUGCCAUCUGCCCAGGCUAUACCGAGACGCCAAUGACGACGAGAAGCCCAGAGGUGCUGAAGGCAAUGGAAGAACGCGUUGGAACGGCCGUUCCAAUGAGGCGAAUGGGUGACCCCAAGGAAAUAGCAGACGGUGUGCUGUACCUUGCGGGAGGCAGAAGCUCGUUUGUCACUGGAUCGGCACUCAUGGUGGACGGGGGCUACACGUCAAGGUGA